ACAUGACCUGCCGAGUAGGAAGUGUCGCGCUAGCGGACAUCAACAGCAGUGGAAGCAGCAGUCCUCAGAAAAGACGAGAAGGAAGCCGCGAAAUUCCGAGUUCACAUUCUCGACGUUUUCGUGAAGAUAACCAGCCUCCGCGUGAACCAGACCGAGCUGUGAAUCGGCCGCAGUCAUGUUCGUCAAGGUGGUGCUUUUCUCCGCAGCUCUGGCGCUGAUUGUCGCUGCAGCCGCCCCAGAUGACUGUACCUCUACGACAUGUGACGAGUGUGUCCAAAAACCUCAAUGUUUGUGGGCUAACUGCUCAAGUGUUUCAGGGAAUUUUUCCUGUGUUGUCCCAAUCUUUGUGCAAAACGGAACCUGCAGCAACGCAACCUGUACAACUGCUCUUCCUACAGUCCCGGUUUCACCUACUACCAAACAUUCAUCUGUUGCCCCCACCACCUCUACAACAGUGAAUUCAACGACUGCAACCGUAACGCCGACUCAUCGUGGCAACAGCUCCACCACUACAACUCCAGCCUCCACCUUGGCACCGAAUACCACAACGAUCGCCCCUCAUAAGAACUCGACAUUUGAUGCCGCGAGCUUCAUCGGUGGAAUAGUGCUCGUCCUGGGCCUUCAGGCCGUUAUCUUCUUCCUCUACAAGUUCUGCAAAUCCAAAGACCGUAACUACCACACUCUCUGAAGUGGCCGCACUUUAGGAUCCAAGCCGUCCUCACCGAUUUCGACCCCUCAGCACACACUCAGAGAGGUGGACUCAAACAGCGUUUCCAUGCGGUUUUCUUUUUUUUUCUGCUAUUUGUUUUUCUUUAAUUUUUAGACCUGCAUGACUGAAUGUUUCAUUUCAAAGUGAAUCUCCUCCAACGUGCUCAAGCAUGUAGAUUACAUAAUCAAGCAGCUACCCCCACCUUCAUCGUGUUGUUAGUCAUCCUCCAUGGAGCAUUUUCCAGCGAAUUGAGUGGGCUUGAGUUAUUUACAGCCCCUCUUCUUAUGCCUUCCCCAAUUAAAUGCACCACACGAGAGAAAGACAAUUAGCCAUGUAUACAGAGUAGCUUUUUCCUGCUGAGGCUUGAAUAUCUACAUUAUUUUUUUAACUUGAUUUGGAAACACUGUUUGAGCUCGUGUUAAAUGUGACAACAGAUAAUUAAGGAUUGCUCUUAGCUUGUGAAAUGUUUAUUUUGUCUCUCCACAUCUGAUCCGUCAGGAAUAAAAGCGACAAUUAAUCAUCUGACGUCAAACAGGAGAUAAAAUAAGUCUUAUUUGAGUGUCGGGUGUUUCUGCUGUUUGGUUCCCACCGCUCCCCCUUGGAAACCUCUCUCCCAAUACAAGAUGUUUAAAAAUGUCAAACGCCAACUGCCUGAAGAGCAGCCCACCGCAAUAAAUAAUGCAUAGAGCUAAUUUCAGAACCACAAAUCUCCCAGAUCUUUUCAUUUUCUGAUCGUUAAAUCUUGCAGGUGAUUCGUGUGGAGCAGGUCCUUGUCGUUAGCUUUGGUAUUUAAACCGGGUCAAAGUGAAUUAUUUUAGAAUAUUUUCAGAUUAUUUAGUUUUAUUGUGCAGAAGAGGAUGAGGUGUGGUGUGCACCUUUCUUGAUGUGGACAGUGAAGUGCCUUUGAUGUCCAGUGUGAGUUAAAGCAAGGAAUGGGUUUGUAUUUUUCUGUUUUCUCUUUUUGUUUCCGUAUUGUGAGAAGUAACAGUAUCGCUGCGCUGAUAUUGCUUAGAGGUAUAGUGUCACAGCUGGACUGAAGAGCCUUUUAUUGUUGAAGAAAACAGGAUUUUUUUUGUCCUCAAAGGCCAUCAUUCGGUUUGUAGGUGCAGCAGAAAGACCAAACGCGGCAGGACGACUGUGCGCGCAAUCACGCUACCACAGACUUUUGGAGUGAAUAAUUUAAAUAGAGUUUCCUUCUACUUUGCUACAUCAUGGUUCAAAUCUGAGUGAGCUGGCAGGAAAAUAUUUUGAUAUCGGCGACAAGCAUGAUGGUGUACUUUAUACUAAAAGAUUGUGAAACUGUUGGACUUUAUCUUUCAAAGUAAAUGUCUAGAAGAGACUGGCGUUAAGGAUUUCACUUCUAUUUAAUUGAUUUGGAGUGUAAAUUCAGAAUAUCAGCCAAGUGGCCAUAUUGGAGCCUCAUCUUAUUAGCUGGCUGCUAACUUUUUUUUCUGAAUUUCUCAGCUUUUGCCUAAUCUGUAAACAGCCACAUCCUGUUUCUGUCCUGCUGAAGGAAAAUUAGUGUGUCCACUAAUUUUGUAUAAAUGGCUUUCUUCCCUACAGUUAGUGCAUGCUCGAAGCUGUUUUCAUUGCAUAUGCAACUAGUACCUUAGACACAUUCAAAAACCACUUAUUUGUGACAAGUUCAUAUGCGAAUGGAAGGAUGCCUUGAAACCACGUACAUGAAGCCAAAGCCUCAGUUUUUGGCAUGUUUUGUAAUCCUUUUUUUCCCCUUCUUCUUAUUUGGUAAACGGUUUCAGGUUUAUCUCACAAAUACAAUCAGAGGCUUGUUUUAAAUAUUCAGAUUAUGACCACAAAGCAAUUAAUGAAUGCAGAUGUUUGUUUUGGCUUGUAUCUUUUGAGGUUGCAUGGUCUCUUGUGCAUUAAGGUCACGAGCCGGCAACAUUCCAGCGCUGCUGCACCGCUUCGGUUUCCCUCUCUGCUGCAUGUCGAGUCCAUUUGCACAAGUGAAGAGAAAUAUUUAGAAAUAUUUAGUGCCGCUGAGCACGUUACGCUUUCUGCGAACGGCACGUCGACGUCCCAAUGUGCCGCGUCUCGAGCAAAAGUGCCUUAUUCGUUUAUCAUCCAUUUCCAUCUGUUGUGAAACGAGUUGUCACGGUGACUAAACGUCAGCCCGACUCGUCACUUUAAGGCUCCUGUAAAGUGCUUUCCUGUGUUCUGCGUACGUUUGUUGCUCCCGGCCUUAAUCUUUUCGAUCGAGUCCACAGAGCUGUUGCAAAGUGACAAGCUGUUCAGGCAACACGCGUAGGCUACUUUCUGUUUGGGUGUAAAAUUAAAUGCUGCUUUUGUCGAGAUGAAAAACAUCAAGUAAAUCAUACAUGUCAGCUGAAGCAGGCUGGUUGUAGCCUGAACAGCUUCUCGGCAGCUAUUUAUGAUCAAACACACUGGUGAAGUAACCACAGACAGGCCUGGUGUUCUCUAUUUCAACAUACCCUCCCCCUUUUACACAAUGACUUGAACUCCUCUUCAGUUGUAACCUGCUGAUGUUUUCUGUUGUGAAGGAUUUUAAAGUGCAACAUUAAGAUUAAUUGUAUCACAAUUCAGUUUUCAACCAGGCAGUGUUGGCCUUCUUUGCCUUGUCGCUUUAUUGCUAAUUGCAUACACACUUUAGUGCUGUCUUUCACUGUCCAUUUGUCUUGUUGGUACGACUUCUGGCUUUUCUCUCUCACCACUCUAACACAGAAACGUAUAUAGCCAUAUGUAAACACUGAACGGUGCCACAAUGCCUCCCCUUGAAUGGUCUUUGCUUCUUUUUGUGCCACCCAACAUUUUUUGUGCCUCUGAUGCCUCUCAAAUGUUUUUUUUUUCGUUUUGUUUUGUUUUUGUUGGCCUUGUUUUCUGGUGUUGCCUUUAGUUUUACAAUGUUAAACCAAUAAAGUGUGAAUAUCGUUAAACAAA